AUGGAGGAUCAUAUAUGGAACAGAAAACUUGUAUUCCUCUUUAUACAUUACUUCUUGCUCUUGGUAAUCCUACAGUUCAUUACUUUUCACUGGACAUAGAGGGGGCAGAAUUAAAGGUUUUGAAAGCUAUACCAUGGCAUCUGGUGGAUAUAUGGCUGGUAGGAAUAGAGACAAAUCAUAUUGGAGAAUUUGACAAAACAGAGACAAGACGAGAUUUACUGAAUUAUAUGAUUAGCCAGGGGUACAAGCAUAUUGGUACUAUUGGCAUAGAUGAUAUUUUAAUCAAACCUGAUAAGGUUAAUGUAAGUGAUGAGAUGAUUACCUACUUAGUUUCACUGCAGAAUAAAAGUCAAUAUCAGAAUGACUCACAACUUUAAACAUUUCUUUAAAUAAUCGUUUUUGUUUGUUUAUUUUCUUGUGGUUUU